CGUACAUAUACGUAUACCUUACAUACGUAAAUAUAUCUACGAUCUUCUCUUUGCGUCGUAUAACGGCCUCCCUGCCUCACCCUUUCUCCGCCUCUCUCUUCCUCCAUUCUUUGUCCCUGUUCUCCCCGUUCGAUAUAUACAAAAGGUAUUUCGAACAACCGUGUACUUCGAUAAACCAACGUUUCGUCCUCCCUUAUCGUUAGGUUCGGUCGAAUCGUCGAAACAGGUCGCACGAAUAACUCCAAUCACGCGUUGUUUUCCUAGUCGAAGAAAUUAACCGCGACGGAUUUUCCUUUCGAUCGUUCAGGCCUGUGCCGCUAUCGGCUGUUUACGUUUCGUUUCGUCUGUCCUCGAUGCGACAUCGGUGUCGAUGCGAUUGUUAAACCUCGGGUCGUCGUCGCUCGUAGUGUUGGUUCGCGCGCCGCGCCGUGUUGGUCGCACGUGUCACUCGUGCCUGUAACGAUUUUCAUAAUUUAUUCCGAUCUACCAUAUCUUGAUAGACCAUUUUAAACCACUGUCUAGCUACGACAAACGCUCUCAACCUUGUUUCAAACAUUUCGUAACCACGCAUACGAACAUUGUUCUAAAGGAGACAAUAGAGUUUCGUGAAUUUGAUUUAGUAAUACCGGUUCGUUAAAUCAGACACCAAGACAAGAUUGGACACAUUUAUAGAAAUUUGAUUUAGUAAGAUAAUUUUUACGAGGAAGACACGAAGACAAUGGAGUUCGAAAUAUUUGAUUCUAUAAUAGCCUCUUAUUAAAAGACACGAGCGAGAUUGGAAAUCAAAGCCGGUAUUCCUGGCGGGAGACGGCACGUGGUUUCUGCAGGCACGCGGCUCCCUACUCUCCACCACGAGUUCCUCGUCCACGCUGGACGCAAUCAGCCGAUCCUCAAAGCCCGACCGGUAGUCGAACCGCGUGCACGUGGAGCCCGACGUGGCCUCUACCUCCGUGGAUCGCGAUCAACCGACCGAUCAACGGAGUCUGAUAUCGAUCGAGCUCCCAUUCAACCUGAGGAUCUAGCCGUGAAACGUGACUGCGAUCGUGGAUGAUCGACCGUUCGGAGUUACACGAAGGGAACGAUCGAUCGUGAUCGAUUCGAUACUAAUUGAACGUCGUUUAGGAACAGUAGUCGAAACGUGUCUCAAUUUCUCUUUCUCUUUCUUUCUCUCUUUAUCUCUCUCUAUCUCUCUCUCUUUCUUCUUCUCUUCUUCGAGAUCGUAGACGGUGAAUCGAUUUCCGUGGAAAAGUCAACAGGUGAAUCAUCCAAGAGGCGUCCAGUCAUCCAGUCAGACUGGAUUCGACUGGAUUUCACCUUUCGACCAGAAGAACAGACACACGGGGUGGUUCCUCGGAGUUCAGUGGCACAUGUGAUCGUGAUCAAAGAAGAUCCAGUGUCUGGGUUCUCGCGAGGACCAGAGGUUUUUGUCGAGGAUCCUGGAUCCAGAGGAAUGGAUGAAGAAUGAAGAAAGGGUGAAUGCUCCGCUUCGCAGAACGUGAGAGCUGCUUCAAAUCGGGAUCAGGAUGCGGUGGAUCGGUUACGUGGCCACAAUUCUCUGGUGGUCGGGCAUCGCCAGGUCCCUCAGUACGCUGAAUCGAGGUCACAGUUACAAAAUCACCCCGAAACCCUGUCGAGUCCCCGGGCCAGAGUCCAAAGAAGGCACGUGCAUGUUCGUGUGGGAGUGCAUUAAAUCAGAGGGCACGCACGUGGGCGUGUGCGUGGACACGUUCAUGUUCGGCAGCUGUUGUGUGCACAAUACGACAACGAACGCGAUCACCGCGUCCAAUCUUCAACACCACCAACAUCAGUACCAUCAACACGCUUCAUCCUCUUCGUCUGAUCCAUUGAGACCAACCCUAGCGGAGGCACUGGGCAACGAAUCAACCAGGCCAACGUUGACCUCCCUCUCCAGCUUCCUCGUCACGGACUCGAGCACCGCUAGACCGAGUCACCAUCCAUCCGAGACGCCGGUGUCUUCCGGAGGGUCCAGCAGACCGCACAAACCGCUCUCGGCCGGUUCCGCUAGGCCGCUGCAAAAAAGACCGCACGCGAAACCCACGUCCGAUCACAAGGACAGGAUUCAAACUUCGGCAGUGCCUGCCUCGUCGAAUUUCUGGGAGAAGGGCUCUCAGAGCACGAAGAGACCAGGUUCGUCAGAAUCUUGGGACAAAGGGUCUCAGAGCACCAAGAGACCUGGAUCUGGAUCCUCGGUUCAUUGGGAGAAGGGAUCUCAAAGUACUAGGAAACCUGUAUCCUCGGAUCUGUGCGAGAAAGGAUCUCAAAGUACUAGAAGACCUGGAUCCUCUGAUCUGUGCGAGAAGGGAUCUCAAAGUACUAGGAGACCUGGAUCUUCCGAGCUUUCGGAGAAGGGAUCCCAGAAUACUAGGAGACCAGGAUCUUCCGAGCUUUGGGAGAAAGGAUCACAGAAUUCGAAAAGACCUGGAGGUGUUUGGGAGGAUAGUAGUCAGAAUACGAAGAGACCUGGUCAUCAUGACUCCUUGAAUAUUCAGAAGACAAGACCGGAAAGUGGUCAGCAUACAAAUAUCAAAGAGAAGGAUACGACGCAUGGAAGUUUUCAGAGUCAUCUUCAGGGAUUCAAAGAUAAGGUGGACACUGGACACAAUACGUUGGUGAUUAGAUUACCGGCGAAGGAACAUGCUUCCAGUGAAGGUGAAGGUAUAAGGCAUAAUAGACCUAACAACCAAAGACCGUCCGAGUCGAGACCGGAUGAUAGUAAGACCGGGGAUGCUGAUUUGAGCGUGCAAGAGUCGAUACAUAGACCCAGUGUUAAUUCGGUCGAUGAAAAUGAAUCUGUCAAGGACCCUCAUCCAAGCUUGAACUUCAUUCAUACGGAACGUCCACAAUGGGCGACCAAACCAGUAUCCCCGAAACCUACAACAGACUUCUCGAAACCAUAUUUUUCAAUAAAAACGACCACCACCUCUCGACCGAUUCUGAUGAACGAUCAGCCAGAUACCAGGCCGAAUUUUAUCUCAAAACCCAAUAGUCCGAGCACGGUUACGAAAACCUCCACCACUGUCAGACCGACAUAUUUCAGUCAACAGUCCACUACCAGCGCAGCCGGAUCCUUGCCACAGACCUCUCACUGGCAUGUGACCACAGAGCCCGUGUUCGUCACGAAGCAAAGACCGUUGUCGUCCACAAAGCCGAUGGGCUCACCCGAGACUACUAAACCUUUGACCAGCAGUUCGCAUUUCUGGUCGGAAAACAGUUGGACGCCGCCGAGACCGUCCUUGAAACCGCACUGGACUGACAAUCCUAGCCUUCUUCAGAACGGGCCCGAAGCAUUUCCACCGCGGCCGAGUUUCAAACCGACCGAACCGCAUGAAAACACGGAGUUUCAUAAACCGCUUGGCGCAGCACACUACAUCACCACGUCUCACUUUGAGACUUCUGCUAGGCCUAGACCCACAAAGAAGACCACCACUUCUACGACAACUACCACUAGUACCACUACAACCACUACCAGUACAACCACGACCACGACCACCACGACCACCACGACCACUCCAAAACCUGACACGACAGUGUCUACGACCGAGGCAGUCGCGAAAACUGGAUCGGUGUUAACCGUGUCUGCCGCGACUGAAAGCAAGGGUAUGCAGUGCGGAGUACCGCCCCUGUUUCCAAGACCGGAGACUAGGAUCGUUGGAGGCAAGGACGCACCGUUCGGUCGAUGGCCUUGGCAAGUAUCUGUUAGGCGUACUUCGUUCUUUGGCUUCUCCAGUACUCAUCGAUGCGGAGGAGCGGUGCUGAACGAGAACUGGAUCGCGACUGCGGGACACUGUGUAGACGACUUGCUGACCUCGCAGAUCCGGAUUAGAGUGGGCGAAUACGAUUUUUCGUCUGUGCAAGAACGAUUGCCUUACGUUGAGCGUGGAGUUGCGAAGAAGGUGGUGCACCCGAAGUACAACUUCUUCACUUACGAAUACGAUCUGGCAUUGGUUAGGUUGGAAAGUUCAUUGACGUUCGCACCGCAUAUUUCGCCGAUUUGCUUGCCAGCCACCGACGAUCUUUUGAUCGGUGAAAAUGCGACUGUCACCGGUUGGGGAAGACUGAGCGAAGGUGGUACACUGCCUUCUGUGUUACAAGAGGUUUCCGUGCCCAUAGUGAGUAACGAUAGGUGUAAGUCAAUGUUCCUGAGGGCUGGGAGACACGAGUUCAUACCAGAUAUUUUCCUGUGCGCUGGAUACGAGAGUGGAGGCCAAGAUUCUUGUCAGGGUGAUUCGGGUGGUCCUCUCCAAGUAAGAGGGAAAGACGGUCGAUACUUCCUCGCUGGCAUCAUAUCCUGGGGAAUUGGUUGCGCAGAGGCCAAUCUGCCAGGCGUGUGUACCAGGAUCUCCAAGUUCGUACCAUGGAUCCUGAAGAACGUCACUUGACCCGGUUUCCAAAUAACCAUUUGCCACAGGAUCUUGUCGACAGCUUGCGACGUACCGACUGUCCGAAUAGGAGUUCCAAGCGUAACUCUGCACGUUUCUUCGAUUUCUUAACCGAGGGGUAACCAAGAGAUUGCACGAAUCACUGCCAAAUACGUAAGACUUGUCGAAGAAAACGGGACUCGAGCAAGAAUGGUUCUCGUUCUUCUUCGAAGACGAAAAAAGCAGGAGAGAAAAAAGGAAUGGUAGAAAAGAAACGAGAGAUAUAAGAUAUAUAUGUAUCUAUACAUUGGAUAGAAGUUUGAGAAACUUCCAUCUUAAAGACUGCUACUCGGAAAGCGAAGCCAAUCAAACACAGACCGCGCGAGACUGUGGAGAUCGUUAUGGAACGAUAAAAAGAAAAUCGCGCGUGUAGGACUGUAUUUAUAUAUAUAAAUAUACAUAUAAAUAUAAGUAAGAUAAUAAUAUAUUUCUCAGCCGCGAACGAACCGCAUGUUCGUCUGUCAGUUUUUUGCUAGCCUGUACAUGAAUAUAUAAAAAGAAAGGAAGUCUAAGCGGAGAAAUAGCUAACGGCUUGACGUUGAAACGCCACGUUAAAGAAAGGACGUAAAUAAUUAAAAGAUGCGGUUUCAACUGCAAGCCCUAUGAUUAUGCAUCUAUCUUACUCAAGUUGUAUAGCGAAUUCUGUAAAAUGCUAAGUUCUUGCCCAUCGCCCUUAGUAAUCGCCUAUUAAUCGAAAGGCUAAAUUAAUCUUCUCUGUCUCUCUAUCUCUCUUUCUCUCUCCCCCUCCCUUCGUCACUUUUUUUCUCUCUCUUUUUCCCUUCUUUAUUUACAACGUACGGAUAUUUUUGUACAGACAUCGUGUACUUAAAGGUAGGUGUGUGCGAACUAGGAAAGAUCUAAUAAAUAUAAAUAUAUAUAUAUAUGUGUGUAAUUGUUUAUAGAUAUAUAACGAUAUUUAUAAGUAUGUCAAAUAAACAUAUGUGUUUAUUACUA